GCCGCCCCGGGGCCCCGCUCCGCAGCGCAGCGCAUGGAGCCCGGCGGGGACCACCGGAGCCGGAGCGGCGGCGGCAGGGGCGGCCCCGGGCCAACAGCGGCCUCCGCACGGGGCCGACGGCUGCCGCCCGCCGGAUCGAGCGGCGGCGCGGAACCCGAGGAGGACGACGGCGGGCAAGAUCUUCAGCUGGAUGGGGGUGCCUUGGGGUCCUGGGGGAGCGCCCCCCUGCCCUCCUCCAGGGCCAGGGGCCCGGCAUCUUCAGGCAGGAAAUACUCAGACCACUGUGAGGCCCGGGCUUCGAGGCCUGGAAAGAGCCGCAUCCCCGGCCGUGACCACCGGCGCUACUACCACGACCACUGGCGGCUGGAGUACCUGAUGGACUUCAACCCUGCCCGGCACGGCAUGGUGUGCAUGGUGUGCGGCAGCUCCCUGGCCACGCUCAAGCUCAGCACCAUCAAACGGCACAUCCGCCAGAAGCACCCCUACUCCCUGCAUUGGAGUCCCCGGGAGAAGGAAGUCAUCAGCAACAGCUGGGAUGCCCACUUGGGGCUGGGGGCCUGUGGAGAGUCCGAGGGCCUGGGGGCCCAGGGGGCCGAGGAGGAGGAGGAAGAGGAAGAGGAAGAGGAGGAGGAGGGGGCUAGCCUGCAAGCUUGCCCACCCAAGGGCCCAGGCAAAGCCCCAGCUGGUGAGGGCAGCCGAUGCCAGCGGCGAGGGGGCCCAGUGGCACCCCGGGCUCGGCGUCGGCGCCUCUCAGCCUCCCGGAGGGCCGGGGGCAGCAGGGGGCUGGGGGCCCGGCGGCUGGAGCGGAGGCUGAAGGAGUCCCUGCAGAACUGGUUCCGGGCAGAGUGUCUCAUGGACUAUGACCCUCGGGGGAACCGGCUGGUGUGCAUGGCCUGUGGCCGGGCACUGCCCAGCCUGCACCUGGACGACAUCCGAGCCCACGUGCUGGAGGUGCACCCCAGCUCCUUGGGGCUCAGCGGCCCGCAGCGCAGCGCCCUGCUGCAAGCCUGGGGUGGCCAGCCCAAGACACUGUCUGAGCUCCCUCGGUCCCCACCAGACGAUGACCUCGUCCCCCAGGACCUGACCAGAAAGAGCCGGGACCCCGCCCCCACUGCUGGAGCCCUCUCCUCUCAGGACCUCAGUCCCCCAGACGUAAAAAAGGAAGAGGCUGGCUGGGUCCCUGAGAGGCCCGGGCCCGCAGAGGAGGAGGAGGAAGAGGAGGGCGAGAGGGUGGGGGUCCCGGGCCGGUCGCCGCGGGGCCGGGACCACCGUCGCCGCUACCAGGAGCGCUGGCGGCUGGAGUACCUCAUGGAGUUGGACGGCGGCCGCCGCGGCCUGGUGUGCAUGGUGUGCGGGGGCGCGCUGGCCUCGCUCAAGAUGAGCACCAUCAAGCGGCACAUCCGCCAGCGCCACCCGGGCUCCACGCGCCUCAGCGGGCCGGUCAGGGCCCUCAUCGCCCAGGAGUGGAGCGAGAAGGCAGCUCACCUGCUGGCCCUGGGGCUGCCCCGCCCCGAGCCCCCCAGGGACCCUGCCGCCCCCCGCACAGCCGCAGCCUCCGAGGAGGGGGGUGGGGAAGAGGAGGAGGAGCCAGAGGAGGAGGAGUGGUGGGGCGAUGUCCCGCUUUCCCCAGGGGAGCCGUCGGAACGGCCCACCGAGGACGACGAGGACGACGAGGACGGCCAAGAGCCCGGAGGACUCGCCUUCCCGCCGCUGCCCCCGCCGCCGCCCCCGCCGCCGCCGCCGCCCCCGCCUCGCAGCCGAGAGCAGCGGCGGAACUACCAGCCGCGCUGGCGGGGCGAGUACCUGAUGGACUACGACGGCAGCCGGCGCGGCCUGGUGUGCAUGGUGUGCGGGGGCGCGCUGGCCACGCUCAAGGUCAGCACCAUCAAGCGGCACAUCCUGCAGGUGCACCCCUUCUCCAUGGACUUCACGCCCGAGGAGCGCCAGACCAUCCUGGAGGCCUACGAGGAGGCGGCGCUGCGCUGCUACGGCCACGAGGGCUUCGGGCCGCCCGCCCCGGCGCCGCGCGACGGCGGCGCGGACCUCAAAGCGGGCGCCGUCUGCAGGGCGUAGCGGGCUCGCGGGGCGGGCGGGGCGGCUCCGCCCUGUGCUCCGCCGGCCCGCGGGCCCGGACACCCUGCUUCCCGCGGCCCUAGCCGCCGGCGCCGCUGCCCCCGCCCCGCUGGCCGGGCCGGGCGGAGAUAGGACUUGGGUGGGGUCGCGGGUUCCGCUCGCAGCCCCGGAACCCCCCCACCCAGGGCCGGUCGGUGCGCCGAGGAAAGCGCGGGGCCCCACGUUUCCCGAGAGGCCAGCGCGGCCGCCAAGCGUGUGCACGGAGGGCCUGCAGCCCAGCCCGCGCCAGG